UCCAAACACACCGCCAGGGACAGUAGCGAGCCGGCCUGCCCAUUUUAAAAGGUGUCAUCGUUUUUAUCCAAAAAGUUGUGGUUUAUGGGUCAUUUAUAUGUCGAGGCUUCCGCAGAUGUCCCAGCUCGUGAUUUAGGGGGUCUUUCUCUCUGUACAAUCGGACGGAGGGUCCACUCCUCUCAGACGUAGCACUGCCCCCUACAGUCUUGGCGAGCGGCUGUUACUACGGAGACGUUACUGAUAAGUCAAGUGACCUCAGUCUAAAGUCUGUAAAGAGGGGGAAGAACAAUGAUGGACAACACGGCAGGCUGACCUGGAGUGUGUGUGUGCGCUGAACAAUGUCUGACUGAGGAGCUAUUAUUCAGUAGUUUGCAUGGAAGAAAGAAACGGUCUGGGGACAUGACUCCUAAGAAGCCCCAGGAAUGGCUACAAGUGGUGGGACAUGCAGGGAGCUUUCAUGUCGGGGAUUAUGGUACGCUGCUGAAGAGGUUCUGUAAAGGGGAGCAACAGUGCUAUCUGAGUCUAAUGGACGACUCUUUGAGGCCCUUUGUUCCCGCCUACCAUGGAGUGGUGCAGCGGGACAAUCAGGAUUACAACGUGAUAGAUAACUUACUGACCCAUUUCAAUGCACCUGCAAUCAUGGACUGCAAAAUGGGCACCCGCACAUACCUCGAGGAAGAGCUGCUGACGUCCCGAGAACGACCACAGCUUCGUCAUGACAUGUACGAGAAGAUGGUGGCUGUGGACCCAGAGGCCCCGACCGACCAGGAACGAGCCCAGCAGGCAGUGCUGAAAACCAGGUACAUGCAGUGGAGGGAGACGCUGAGCUCCACCACAAGUCUAGGGUUCCGUAUCGAGGGAUUCAAGAAGGCAAACGAAGAGUGUAACACAAAUUUCAAAAGGACCAGAACCAAAGAGCAAGUGACAGAGGCGCUUCAGAACUUUGUUGAGUCCAAUACACACAUAGUGUGGGAGUAUCUGAGGCAUUUGAAGCAACUGCGGGACGUCUUGGAGACAUCUGACUUCUUCAGAACACACGAGGUUGUGGGAAGCUCCUUGUUGUUUCUGCACGACUGGACAGGCAGAACAGGCGUCUGGAUGAUUGACUUUGGAAAGACGGUGGCCCUGCCGCCUCCCCUCACCUUGGACCACCGCAGUCCCUGGGUGGAGGGCAACCGAGAAGAUGGCUACCUGUGGGGUCUGGACAACCUCAUCGAUAUACUGGCCAACAUGCUGUCACUGUCUGAACCGCCAGUGUAAAAACCCAUGGGCUCAAACCGCCACUCAAGUGAAUGAUUUCACUUGGAUUAGCGUUGAUGUAAAGAUGCAACUGCUGUUUGCAUCAAAUAAAUACUUACUAAUUGAUAGAAAGGAUUAGUGGUGAUUUACAGGAGCUUAGUACGUUACUAUUGAGUAUUUUCAUUUUUUUUGCAUCAGAGCAAAGCACAAACAUGGUCCCAGUCUCAGCAGAAAACCAUGAAAUUACUUUUAACGGCUUAAAUUAAAUUUGAAAAAAUAUAUAUGGAGGAUUUAAAAUUGGCCCUAAGCCAAAAACAUGGUGCUAAAAUAUGGUCAAGAGGUAAAAAUUGGGCUGUUAGUUAUUUAAUUCUAAAUGAUUAGAAUUAAAUUAGUUACAUGUAUGUUUAAAUACAAAACACAGUGGCAUCAGACCCCGGCUGUUUACUACAAUAAACAAAGAAAUUAUGUCUUCUAAACAUUAACCUAGUCAGUACUAUCACUAUAAAGACCCCCUUUCACCUUUGAGUUUGUAAGUAGCGUGUUUUCUUGUUUUUAUAAUGCAGAGCUGUUGACAGUAACUAAAUAUUGUAUCUCUUUGUCAUAUUGCUGUUUUUUUGGUGGUGGUGGUUACGAACUAAAUGGAAAUCAGCUUUUCUGAAUCAUGAUGGUUGAUGGUGUUUACUUUUUUAUUCUUGGUUUGGCAUUUUUUGCAUGUCUGCCAUUUUUGAAUCAGUCAAAAACACCAGACUGACAAUUUAACUGUUAAAAUGAGCUUUUUGAACUAAAUUGCAUAUUCUUAUGAAAUCCAAUUAAAAUGUGUCAUUGAACGUGAAAAGGAAAUACUAUAAUUAUGUAUUUUUUAUCACUGUCAUGUUCCAAUGUAAGGCAUCAGCAGAUUCAUGGAAAUCAUUGCUUAUAUACAGUCAUUAAAAUGUGUAAACGUGA